UAUGAUGUGAUCAUGUGAUGGCACCGCCUCAAACUGCUGACGAAGACGAGCGGCGGCAUCAGAGUCCCAAUCAGCAAGGAAUAUGUUUGAAUAAAUACUUUAUGUGGAGUGAAUAUUCAGCAAUAUAGUUGACAGGAAUAUUAGAAAACAAUAUUCAAAAAUAUUCCUGGAAUAUUCGUUUGCAAUAUUCGGGCAAACAAGCGCUGUCGAAGAGGUGGCGGUUUUGUGAACUACUAGAAAAUCUUGAUUAUUUAAAACAAAAAAGGAGGUGUGCCGCUGACUGCUCUUAGAUUUGCGCCAAAAUUUCUUUGUAGCUCAAAGUGAAUGCUCUCCCUGCUGCUGCUGCUGAUUUGAGAGUGCGUGUGCAGAAGACAUCCUUCAGAAAAUUUCUAAAAUUUUGUUUGCUGGGAUCGCACUUGCCGUCCCCGCCACUGCUGGAGUGGAGUUUUUAGUCUUGAUAAGAGUGCUAUAAGGAUUAAAGAUCUACACAUUAGUGCCAAUGUGUUCUAGCUUCGGAGACUCACCGAGGAAAAGGUGGACGGCAAAACCCAACAGGCAAUCGCACCUUAAAAACAUUUAAACAAAGCCAGUUUUUUCAAGGUUGUGACGAAGCGCAGUAAGGAAAAUGGCUUCAGAAAUUACUGAAAAGGACGUUUCGCUGGCUCUGAAAAAAUCUCUUAAUAGUUACCUCAACCUACGCAGCGAGGACGCAGAAAAUGAAUAUGAGAUCGGAGUUGUCACGGAUUACCGGCUUACCCCUGUUGAGAGACGAAGCGUUUACAACAUUUCGAUGCUGUACACGAAAGACGGAGAGGAGCACAGGGUUAGGAUGCAAUUAAAAAUGAUCCGACCGAGCAAAACCAAAGAUGAUACUGUGAACCAAAAGCUUUUCCAAAAGGAGCUCGUCUUCUUUGGAUGCAUCAUCCCUAACGUUCGGGAGCUACUGGGCUCUAACAAGACAAAAUCAUUCCUCGACUGUUAUUUAGCUCAGAGCCAAGAUCAUGAAACUCUUCAACAGGCACCCAAAUACCUGCCCUACUCUCUGACUAAAGGCAGUACUGAUCUCCUUGCCCUUGAAUACUCCGAUGGCUUCAAAUCUACCACUGCACCUUUUGAUGAUCCGCAUCUUCGACUCUCAAUCAAAGCCCUAGCUCAGCUACAUGGCUUAUCAAAAUUCUUGGAUGUUCAUCAAGACGAUUACCGACUCACAUUCCUCGAGUGCUUCCCCACCCUUGUGACAAACACAUACUUCAACGCCAGAUUCAAUCCUGAGUUUUACUCACAGGUACAGAUGGCUGUGCAAAUUAUGACAGCAAUUUUGCCCUUGCUGGGUGAAGGAUUCCUAGCAGCUGAUCGAGUUGGGCAGAAAGCACUGAAGGUCCUUCGGAACGAACUUUGGGAGGCCAUGGAGGAAGCUUCAAAGUCAACUACAGUCAACAAAAACACUCUUUGUCUGGUUGAUUGCUACCCAGACAACUUUGUAUUCCUCUACGAUAAGAGUGGCCCUGUGACUUGCAAAAUGAAAAGGAUGAAAAAUGUCAACCUGACUAGUCCAAGCACAGACCUGGUUAGCCUGCUCUACAACUGCACCGUAGCCGGAUUCGCUCCAGAUGAGCUCCAGAGACUGAUGGAAGUCUAUUACGAAGAAUUCCAGACAACUUUCUUGAAAAGUUGGAACGUAAAAAACCCUGCCAUGUUGCCACCUGGAAGCAUAAUUACUUUCAAGGAGCUGACCAAAUCAUUCGCGGAGAGCCGUCUCUUGGGCAGCGCACAGCGGGCGGUUUAUGCCAGCCUGGGUUGCUUAAUGAACUUGGACGAACCUGCCAGUGAAGAAUGUGGCCCAAGAUCAGAUUCCAGCGUUGCAUUGCACCAUCAAGUUAGAAUGAAGUUGCUUGAGGGCAAGUUAAAAAUUCCCAGGUCGCUGGAAAGACUGAAGGCGAUUGCCUGUCAUGCAGUCAAAAAAAACCCCUAUUAUAGGUCGACCAUGUAUGAGAGCAUCAGCGACUUGUUGAUUUGUUUGUCUACUAGGACCUAGUACGAGUUGCUCCUUAUAUGUUAUCUUUAGUUUUUUCACAGAUUAGAUUAGUGAUGUUACAAUUCAAGCUGAUAUUUAUAAAUGUACUUUGAAUAAAAAGAUAAAAUAAAAUUGUAAAAAACUAUGGGAUAUAUAUUAAG